AUGACUGUCGGCGACCGCCGACCGGUGUCAACUAUCAAAAUUCAAGAAAUAAGAAUUGUUUAUUGUUGUUAUUACUUAUUACAGAUAGUAGAUACAACUGUUUUGUGUUCUUUCAUUUACUGAUUUAUUAAUAAUAACUUUAAAAUUGAAUAUCUAGGUAGCGUUUGUUUCUGGAAUUAAAAAUCUUUACAAGAAAAUAAUUUAAACCAAAGUUAUGUAAAGUUUGAAUGUAUUUUAUUACUUACCGAUUUUUGCAACCUUCUAGAGAAGAGCUUCGACUUUCAGGCACCUAACAUGGAACAUCAAGAGGAUGUUAUUUCUGAAGAAGAUCGUGAAUUUUCCUUUGAAACAGAUCACUUAGUUUUACGAAGUAACAAGGAUUAUAAUGAGCUUUUAAAGUACAUUGUUAAAUUAGAAGCACUAAAAGUACAAGCUCUUCAAGAUAUUGAACUCCUUAAUGAGUCGAAAAAUAAAGUUUUGGAGGAUCCCUUAUCAUUCAUAGAAAACUUAAAGGCAGGUGCUGUAAAUUUUCCUCCUCGUCAAUCAAUACCCGAUAUACCUCACAUUGAAUGGGAAAAAUAUGGGAUAGAUGUGUCUCUUGAGUCAGAGAGCAAUAAAAAAAUUAAUAAAGAAAUAGAAACUGCAAUGAAAGUACGGGGGCGUACCUUUACUGAUAGUAAGCCAGAAACCUUUAAUCAACUGUGGUCAUUUGAGGAACAAAAAAGACUGGAAGAGCUACUGGAGAUUUACCCCGAAGAGCCUAUAGAAGCUCGGCGUUAUAAAAAAAUUGCUGCUGCACUUGGUACAAGAACAACAACUCAGGUUAUGAGCCGUAUACAAAAAUACUUUAAUAAACUUGCAAAAGCUGGUUUACCAAUACCUGGGAGAGCACCAAAACAAAACAAAUUUAUUAGAGACAAAAGUAAAAGUAUGUUCUACAAAAAAUCUACAUUCUUUCCAAAACUCCAUGUGCCUGUGAAGAUGGAAGACCCUAAUGAAGAUACUGAAGACCAGGAAUCAUUGACCUCGGAAGCAAGAAAUGGAAACAAAUUUAUGCUUGACCUGCUGAGAGCAGCUAAAGCGCAGAGGUUGUUAGAUGAGACCUCACCAGUGUACCAGGCGAAAACAAUGUGUGUUGGCUGUCUAAAGACUAACUUUCUUGGAGCUCGGUGGACAGAUAAUACUGGGACAGAUUAUUGUACCGACUGCUUAGUGAAAAUAAUGCCUACAGAAAAGUUGACCCCUGUCAGACAGCCCAUUUGAAUCUGAUAAUUGAUGUACAUUAAUUAUUAUCAUUUUUUAUUUAAAAGUACAUGUAGAUAAGCCAAGUUUAAUUUUUAAAUUUACAUGGAACACAAAUAGUUAAUUUUUUUUCACCAAUUAUAAUAAAGAUUGUGUUAAAUGUGCAAAAUUGUGAUAUACUUUUUACCAGUCCAACUGUUUUAAAAAUAGAGAUUAAUAACACUUAAGAUUUUCAUAUUAACACUCACUGUUUCACUUUAAAUAUUAUUUACAAAAUAGAGUACAAAUAUUAAUUAAAGUUUUAAUAUUAUAAAUAUGUAAAAUAAUACCGUGCCAGUGGGGCAUCCGGCGAGAGUGAUGAUGAUCCACUGAUUUGGAACACUGAGCACGGGACGAUCUAAACUAUAAAUCUACAUAUAAGGCCUAUCUGGCCACUGCAUAUUGAUAUAUGCAUUGUAGUGUAUCAAGGUUUUUAUUGAAUUGCUUUUCCAAUGGCUGGCAUAUUAUUUGAUUAUAACUACUUUUAUCACGCGAAUUUGCCUUGAUUGACGUCUUUGGUUUUUAUGUACUAUGUUUAUAGUUUAUAUGAUCUUGUAGAAUGUACAAAAUAUUUAUAUAAUAUUUAUUAUCUGCUGGCUAAAGUGAAAUAAAAAUAUUAAUUAUGCCAAUUAAAUUAUUAA